AGUAGUCGAUGGAAAAUUCAAAUGAGAGCUGUUGUCGAGCAACGAGAGCUCAUUUAGAAAAAAACGAAAAAAAUCUUUUGCGUAAAAAAAUUUUCUAAUUUUAUACGAAAACAGAAAAAAGAAAUGGAUUAUUUGAGUGAAAAUCGCUAUCAAUUGCUCUUCAUCGAUGACGAUGAGCUGAUGACUGAUGGCAAGGAUGCCGUUGAACCAAUUGCUGGCCAUCAGCAGCAACCACAGCAACAGCAACAGUCGAAAAACAAACGCAAUAAGAAUAAGAAUGUGAUUAAACCGAUCUUGGAGGAGAAGCAAUCGCAGCAGCAACAACAAACACCGCGAGCUGUGCCAGAGAAGAAGUUGCCACAGCAACAGCAACAGCAGCAACCAAAGCAGCCACCGCAACAGCCACAGGAGCAACCGAAGCAACAACCACAGCAACAGGCACAACAACAGCUAGAGCAACAGCCAAAGGAGCAACCAAAGCAACAAUCACAGCAGCAGGCACAGCAGCAACCAGAACAGCAGCAACCACAGCAGCAGCAGCAGCCACAAUUUCGCUAUAGACAGCGCAUCAUCAACAACAGCAAUCUUGGAGCUGGAUUUGGAGUUGGAGCUGGAUUUGGAGUUGGAGCUUAUCGUGGCAACUCGACUCGCUAUGCAAAAAAGUAAGUUGUGAUCGAGUUG